UAUUUUAUUUUAUUUUACGGUAGUCAAAGGAUUUCCUAGCUAUCCCUUUCAUCCGUACCGUAGCCCUGCCGCCUUCCUCUCCUUUGUCAACCCCAUACCUACCCCCAUGCUCACACUCCAGGCAUGUGCAGUGACGACGACCGGUACAAGUUUUCCGUCUGGCGGAAGCCUUGAUAGGCCUUCUGUUCAGACGUCCUCCUCUUUCUCUUCUAUUAUUUCACCUCAUCAUUAUCCUCAGUCUCGCCAUUCUUUUCGUCACCACAGCAACAUUGCUGUAUCCGAAAAGAAUGAAGCGGAACGCCCUUCCACUACUCAACAGCUACAGCCAUAUCAAAGCCAAGAGUAUCAACAUCAACAUCAACAUCUUCAGCAGCAGCAGCAGCAACGUCAAUCCAGAAAACGUGCCCAUGAAGACUGCGCUUCGUCUCAAUAUACACUAGAUUCGAAUAGCGUUUCAGACCAGGAACGUAAUGACUCGACUCUUGUAGAUUCUGCCACGCCUUCUCUUCAGUGUCCACGCCUUCAAACUCAACAUCUUUGCCUUCCUCGAAAGCGAUCUCAGUCUAUCGGAUCAGGGACACAUGCUAAUCACGAUAUUACUCAGCAGUGUCAACUGGAUCCUCUUGCAGUAAAGGCAAACUUUGUCGACUGCCUUGUUGAUACUGCUGCCAUCGUUAUUGAAUCAAUUUGGCCUCCUUUGCCCGGAUCAACAGAGUGUACUCAAAAGCAAAAAGGUUUGCCGCUCCGGACCUUCAUUCAGGAGACUUUGAAGAGAUCGCGUAGUUCCUACUCGACUCUCCAGACCGCCCUAUUUUACUUGUAUAAAAUCCGCAAUAAGGUCCCCUGCGCUUAUCUUAAGCGCCGCCAAGAUCAACUCUACCAGUCGCAUAUGAUUGUGUCAGCCUCCCAGCCUGUGGCUGGGCUGAUGACCCCCCCUGCUUCUCCUCAUCACCUCCAGAACUCUGAAUUUUCAUCCAUGCAGGGUUCAGAUUAUUUUAGUUUGCGUACGUCAUCCGAAUCCAAGCCUAUCCUUCCCUCGCCUCUGUCUUCAAGCCCCGUAUCUGAAUACAGCCCACGCUCUUCAACAUCACCAUCUUCCACUACUUCAUCACCGUCUUCAUCAUCAUCUUCACCGUGCUCGGUUUCCUCCAAUUCUUCAUCCUCAUCUGUGACCUCUGCGACAUCGUUAUCUUCUAACCAUUCUAACAGAAUUAUCUAUUGCGGACGACGGACAUUUUUGGCAUCUUUGAUGGUUGCAUCAAAAUAUCUUCAGGACCGCAACUAUUCCAACAAAGCAUGGGCCAAGAUCUCGGGUCUUUCCGUUAAGGAGAUAAAUGCCAAUGAGCUCAUCUUUCUGAAGCUUAUUGACUACUCGCUUUUUGUUUCGCACGAUACGUUUAUGCGCUGGACAGCACUCUUGGUCGCUCAUGGCCAAGAGGCCACCAGAAGGUUUAUGCAAUCGGCCGAUGCAGCACAUGUAUCAGCCUUUACAGCACGUGCCUUGUCAGCCACACCCAUGGUUCUUAAUGGGAACCAUAUUCGCUAUGGUCCAUUAAAAUCCAUAUCGAUGGCGACCGCUCCUUCACCUCCAUAUGAGAAAGAAGCCGUAUCUGAUGUCUACAGCGGAAUGCAAAAUGGCCAUGGGAACACGGAAACCUCGAAGCGUGCAAAGUCAAGUCGAACGGAUACGUAUCCUCCUCUUAAAAGUAGUUGUGAAUCAUCAAAUUACCGGGUUUGAUAUGUUUCCUUUCUCUUGUGCAUUCGAUCUUUUAAUUCGCAUGUCAUUUCUGUCUUUUUAUUUAUUUAUUACCUCCUCUUCCUCUUCCCUCUUCUCUCUUUCCUUGUCUGUUCUUAUUAUUACUGUUGUUAUUGUGGGUCUCUGUGUAAUGAUAGUAAUGAUACAUAACUUUUGUAGAUUGUACAAUACAACAUGACU